AGUUAAGCCAAUAAGAAAUGGCGGGAGGGAGCUUUCUUCUAGUGCUGGUUCCUAGACUAGGGGCCUCUCUGGGGAAGUAAAACCCGGUCUCUGCAACGGAGGCACUGCACGCAGGAUCUGAGCUGAGAGCCUCUGUCGAGUGCGAGCGGCGCAAGCUGGUGAGGGGAGGACGAGGGUACGAGGCUGAAAAACAACCCACCUCCACUUGCCAAUAUAGUUUCAGAAUGUCAAGUACUGUAUCCUACCGGAUCUUCAAUUCUGCGAGGAAUCGUAUUGCUAUAUUUCAAGGGGGUAGACGCUUAUACUCAAGGGAUGCCUCAAAUAGGAAUCAACUGAAAUGGAGGCAUUUUCUUCGGACAUCUUCUACUCUAAAGAACCAUACUCCAUGUGGUGGCUUUGCUUCCCAGAAAGCCUUCAGACACACAUCAACCGAGGAAGAGGAUUUCCAUUUACAGCUUAGCCCUGAACAGGUCAAUGAUUUGCUUCGGGCUGGCGAGUCAUCUCACAAGCUUUUUGAUUUCAACAAUGGAGUUCCAAAUUCAGUGUUAAGGUUUGAGAGCAACCAGCUGGCUGCCAAUUCCCCAGUGGAGGACCGACAAGGUGUAGCUUCCUGCAUGCAAACCAACGGACUAAUGUUUGGUAUUUUUGAUGGACAUGGUGGCCAUGCAUGUGCACAAGCCGUGAGUGAGAGGCUCUUCUACUACAUGGCAGUGUCCCUGAUGUCCCACCAGACCUUGGAGCAGAUGGAGGAAGCAAUGGAAAACAUGAAGCCUUUGCUACCCAUUCUUCAGUGGCUCAAGCAUCCUGGGGAUAGCAUUUAUAAGGAUGUCACAUCAGUACAUCUGGACCACCUCCGAGUCUAUUGGCAGGAACUUCUUGACCUGCACAUGGAAAUGGGCUUGAGCAUUGAAGAAGCAUUGAUGUACUCCUUCCAGAGACUAGAUUCUGACAUCUCACUGGAAAUUCAGGCUCCUCUGGAAGAUGAGGUGACAAAAAACUUAUCCCUCCAGGUUGCUUUUUCUGGGGCAACAGCUUGCAUGGCCCAUGUCAAUGGAAUUCACCUGCAUGUAGCAAAUGCUGGUGACUGCCGGGCUAUCCUUGGUGUCCAGGAAGACAAUGGUGUGUGGUCCAGUUUACCGCUUACCUGUGACCACAAUGCUUGGAAUAAGGCUGAGCUGUCCCGGCUUAAGAGAGAACACCCUGAGUCUGAGGACAGGACACUCAUCAUAGAUGAUAGGCUGCUGGGUGUCCUCAUACCCUGCAGGGCCUUUGGGGAUGUCCAGCUAAAAUGGAGUAAAGAGUUGCAAAGUAGUGUCCUAGGGAGGGGCUUUGAUAUUGAGGCCCUCAACAUCUACCAGUUCACACCACCCCACUACUACACUCCACCCUAUCUGACUGCCAAGCCUGAGGUUACAUACCAUAGGCUGAGGCCCCAAGAUAAGUUCCUUGUGCUGGCCUCAGAUGGUCUGUGGGACAUGCUGGGCAAUGAGGAUGUGGUAAGGCUGGUGGCGGGGCACCUAUCCAAGAUUGGUUGCCAUAAGCCGGAUCUGGACCAAAGACCAGCCAACCUGGGGCUCAUGCAGAGUCUGCUGCAGCAGAGGAAAGCCAGUGGACUCCAUGCAGCUGACCAAAAUGCAGCCACACAUCUGAUCAGACAUGCCAUCGGGAAUAAUGAGUAUGGGGAGAUGGAGCCAGAGCGACUAGCUGCCAUGCUGACCUUACCAGAAGAUGUAGCCAGGAUGUACCGGGAUGACAUCACUGUCAUGGUGGUGUUUUUUAACUCCGAGUCAAUUGAUACAUAUUUUAAGGAGGGUUAAGAAUCUUGUCCUGUUGCCAAGGCUAACACGAAUACCCUUUAAAACAUCCUCACUUCUAAGAGAGGAAUUCAGACCUUGUUAAAGAAUAGGAAGAUGUAGAUUGCUGAGUAAUUGACUAACAAAGGAAGGUAAGGAAACCCAGACUUAGGGGGAAAGCAUUAGCAGUGAUUUUUGUCUCUGUGCAUUGGUCAACUAAUAUACAGCAGACAGAAUAAAGACUAAAAUUGGCUUAGGCUCACAUAGCUCAUGUCCUUUAUUU